UCAAACAUUUCUGCGGUAAUUCUGAAUGUACCACCAUCUCACCUGGGUUAACACUGCAGGGGGAAGAAGCUACCACUCACUUUGAUGCUUUAAUUGUCAACCUCUGUGUGUCCCAAAUUGCAUCCUAUUUCCUUUUAUAGUGCACUACGACUGUAGGCCUCUGGUCAAAAGCAGUGCACUUCAAAGGGAAUAGGGUGCCAUUUGCAACAGAUGUUCCAGGGGCGGAGCCAGAGGGGUGUUCGGGGUUGCACUGGACACCGCUGACAUCUGAUUGGCCACCCCAAAAUAUGUAUCAAGGGAUGACAUCUGGCUCUGAGCAAGACAGUGAGCCAGAGCUGCGAGGAGAUGUCACCGAGCCCCUCCCAACUGCAUCAAACACCAGAUAUGCUGUUCCAAAAGGACCCAAUGUGUCUCACUCUCAGUUGGAUGUGUGUGGAAUCUCUCCUCUCAACACUAGGAUCGUGGGGGGUCAGGAUGCUCCUCCAGGGAGUUGGCCAUGGCAGGCCAGUCUGCAGAGAUCUGGCAGACAUUUUUGUGGGGGAUCCCUUAUCAACAAAGAGUGGGUGCUGACUGCUGCUCACUGCUUUCCCAGCAUCAGUACAUCAAAUCUGGUGGUCUACCUGGGUCGUCAGAGCCAGCAGGGCUCCAACCCUAAUGAAGUGAGUCGUACGGUCACUCAGAUCAUCUGCCACCCCAACUACAGCAGUAGUACCAACGACAACGACAUGUGUCUGCUGAAGCUCUCCUCCUCCGUGACUUUUACCAACUACAUCCAGCCAGUCUGCCUAGCUGCACCAGGCAGCUCCUUCUAUGCUGGCACUACUAGCUGGGUCACAGGCUGGGGCACCCUCAGCAGUGGAGGAUCUCUACCACAGAACCUACAGGAGGUGAAUGUGCCAGUAGUGGGAAACAGGCAGUGUAACUGUAAUUAUGGAGUUGGCUCCAUCACUGACAACAUGAUCUGUGCUGGUCUAUCAGCAGGAGGAAAGGAUUCCUGUCAGGGGGACUCGGGAGGUCCGAUUGUGAGCAAACAGGGUACUCGCUGGAUCCAGUCUGGCGUUGUGAGUUUUGGCAACGGCUGUGCUCUGGCAAAUUUCCCUGGUGUGUACGCCAGAGUUUCCAAGUACCAGACCUGGAUCAACAGCCAGAUUACCAGUGACCAGCCAGGCUUCAUCACCUUCUCAUCCAGUGGGACUGACUCUGACCUCAGUGUCACCUGCACCACCACCACACCCGCACCUGUGGUGUGUGGCAGCGCUAGCGCCUCUUUGAACUCCCGUAUUGGUGGGGGAAGCUCGUUGGCGACAGCAGGCUUGUGGCCCUGGAUAGCCAGCAUACAGAAAAACGGAGCACACGUUUGCGGGGGCACGUUAGUGGCGGUGGACUCUGUCAUGAGCGACGCUAGCUGCUUCUCAAGCCAACCCAACGCCUUUCAAUGGACCGUGAUCCUGGGUCGUCUGAAGCAAACCGGCUCCAACCCUAACGAGGUAACCCUGAAUGUUAUCAACAUCACCAUGAGCAACUUGACGGGCAACAACGUGGCCAUCCUCCGACUGGCUAGCAAACCCAAGUUGUCUAACUACAUCCAGCCUAUCUGUGUGGACCAGGGAACCAGCAACUUCAACACAGGGACUAAGUGCUGGGUGGCUGGCUGGGGCACUGGCCAGGGUGGGGCUGAGCAAGUCCUGCAGGAGUUGCAGACCUCUGUUGUGGAAUGCGUGAAUGUUUCAUCUUUGGACAACAUUUGCACCGGACCUGUGACACUAUUGCAGAGUGAUGUGGGUGGUCCUCUGAUGUGUAAGCAGGGCAACUCAUGGUUUCAGACUGCUGUGUUGACUGUCGAUAGCAGCAACGCCACAAGCAGCAACACCACUAGCACUAGCAAAGCACGAUGGAGCCAGAGUCCUCGCGCCUCCACCAUCCAAGUCUUCACCAAAACCUCCCGCUUUAAGAACUUCCUAACUACCAAUUUGGGAACCCUCCUAUCCCCCGCCUUAGCUGGUGGCAGCAGUGGAGCUUCCAUGGCCCACUCCUCCUUCUAUCUCUUCCUCCUCUUCUCCCUCUCCUUUGUCCUCCUGUUGGGCUGGGAUUGACACUAAGCAACUCAAUGGCAACCAUUGACAAGCCCUUUCUGUAACUUCCAACUAACCAAAGGUCAGUGACUGGCAGAGUGUGUCAAAGCAGAGUGUGUCAAAGCCAACGUUGAACUCAGGGAGCCUUCAUCUCCAGUCACUUGAAUUAUGAAUGUUUACAAUUUCCCCUUUGUCAAAGUCAAUCGAUAAAAUAUAUUUUUGCUGUCACAAUUGUUUUUGUAUCCAUAGCAUUUUCUGGACAAUAUUUGUUAUUUCUAACAGCACUGUUAUUUAAGUUGCAAAAUGCACGAUUUUCUGUUCAAAGCUGUCUGGGCAUGUGUAACAAUGUUACAUAUUAAUAUCCAGAUGAAUAUGAUUGUAGUAGCACACUUGACUUUCUCCAAAGAUUAUAGUAGUCUAUUCUACAGUAUCUGUGAGCCAAAAUGGCAAGUAGCCAACAUGCACUGAACUAUUAGAUAGUCAUGCUGCACUUUACUGGACUUGUGCCAUGGAUUAUUAUAUACUCAACAAAUCACAAUGUUAUGAUGAUGGUUUUAACAAAACCGUUACUAAAUAGCUCUAAUACUUAGUUCUAAAUUAAUUGAAGACUUCAUAGCCUUCAGAUUAUCCCUUGAAAGGCACAUUGAGUGUAAUUAAGAGAAUGUAGAAAUAACUUACAGACGUUUGAGGAAACCAGGAAAGGCAAGAAAUGUCUAAUAGAUUGGGGUAAAUUUAGAAAGUGGGAGAGGGAAGCCAAAAGACAGUCAGACAAGAAAGUUAAAGGAAUAAUGGUGAAAGAAAGUAAGAAGAAGAAACAGUCGGAGGAAGAUAAGAAAAGAAGGAGAAACAGGGAUGAUGAUGAUAAUGACUUUCCACCCCCCAUUAUACCCCUGUAUCCACUGCACCAGCACCAGCCCUGGGCGUCCGACAGCAGCUCGCUCAGCCAUCUCCCACACCGCAGUUCUACCAGCAAACCCCUCGGAGGUGGCCCAUGAGCAGUGGAAAUCCGUUCCAUGCACCGGCCACAUUGAGUCCCGUCUCUGGUGUUGAUGGACUCUGGGAGCUUAGUCCACCAUCAUCGUCGACCCCUAACAUGCAGCUAAGUCCCUCACCCACAAGGGUCACGACCAUAACAGGUAAAAAAAGGUGACCCAAACACAACCUUUCUACAGGCACCUCUGGUAAUGUCCACUAAUCCAUAACCACGACCUGUGGAUGGUGAGGGCCAUGGCGAAUGGUACCCUCUCUUCGGCAUCCAGAAGACUUGAAGACAGGACGAAAUGAAGGACAUUGCUAAAGAACUUCCAGAUCCUACAAAGGAUGCGGGGGAUUUUACCACACAGCUAAUUAAGAUGGCCCGGCUGUACAAGCCAUCUGCAGCUGAGAUUGUGCACAUUUGCCGUAUCAAGAUGAGGCUGCGAUGGGCGGACGUGGAGGGAGGCUUUGAUGAAAACUACCAAUGGGAAAGGGUGGAGCCUACCCAGCUAACUACACUGUGUGAUCGCAUAAAAGAACAUUACCCACCCAUGACCGAUUGGGAAGCUAUCUAUAGUUGCACGCAGAAAGCUAAAGAGUCGUUGGAAGACUACAGACAUAGGCUGGAGACUUGCUACCGUAAGCAUAAUGGGCUCAAACCAAUGACUGAUGGCCGCCAAAAUUAUGACUAUGACAGACUCUUGAAGGCUGCCCUAAUGAAUGGACUUUUGCCAGCCCCUGGUAAACAUGUUGAAAUGACUUGCAUUGGCUGGGAAACUAUCAGUCUACAAGCUGUUAUUGAACACUGUAAACACGAUGAGAGGCAAAAACUGUCUCAAGCAGACAAGACAAAACAGAGAAUAGAAAAAGGAGGAGUACAAGCUGCACAGCUGGCUUUUUAUCAAGGACAGGGCCAGCAGCGGCAGGCUCAGGGAAGACCUCAAAAUGAUGGAUAGAGGGGACGGGGUAGAGGAAGAGGAGGGGGAGCCAGUGCUGACGGGUGGGCCAGAGAACAGCAACAACAGGGCAGGAACCUUGCUUGCCACAACUGCGGAAAACAGGGACAUUUUGCCAGAACUGUCACACCCUGAUCUGUUUCACCUGUCUUUGUGCUCAUCUCCACCCCCCUCCAGGUGUCACCCAUCUUCCUCAUUAUCCCCAUUGUAUUUAUACCUGUGUUCUAUGUUUGUCUGUUGCCAGUUUGUCUUAUCAGGUCUUACCAGCGUGUUUUCCCGUCUCCCUGCUUUCUCAAGUUCUGUUCCCUAGUUCCCCGGUUCUGACCAUUCUGCCUACCUUGAACCCGAGCCUGCCUGCCAUUCUGUACCUGCCUGACUCUGACACGUUUACAAACCUCUGCCUGUUCUGAUCCCGAGCCUGCCUGCUGUUCUGUACCUUAUUGACUCUGCCCUGGAUUGCGGACCUCUACCUGCCUUUGACCUGUCUUUUGCCUGCUGUUUGCAUCUGGGUCGUAUAGGCCGGGUCACUCACAAUACCUCUCCCAUCAACCUACAAGUGUCAGGGAACUACAGCGAGGCAAUCCAAUUUAUGCUGAUUAAGUCUCCUCAGGUUCCCAUGGUAUUGAGCCUGGACUGCUGGUGCCAUUAUGGGCUGGAGCCCAUUCUGCCACGUCUAUUGUCUGAAGUCAGUGCAGCCUGUCCAUGGACGUCUUCCUGUGGGCUCGGAAGUUUCCCCGGACCUCUCUGCCAUUCCCGCGGAAUACCAGGACCUCCAGGAGGUUUUCAGUAAGGCCCAGGCCACUCCUCACUGACCCUAUGACUGCGGGAUCGACAUUCUCCCAGGCACCACACCGCCCCAGGGACAACUAUACUCUUUGUCGGGUCCUGAGACCAAGGCUAUGGAGACCAACAUCGAGGACUCUCUAGCUGCAAAGUGUAUCUGUCCUUCUGCCCCCCCCGCCGGUGCCAGGUUCGUCUUUGUGGAGGACAAAACCCUGCGCCCGUGCAUCGACUACUGGGGCCUUAAUGACAUAGCGGUGAAGAACCGAUACUCGCUACCACUCUUCACCUCAGCCUUCAAGUCGCUCCAGGCGGCGAUCGUUUUCUUCAAGUUGGACCUGCAGAAUGCCUACCAUCUGGUGUGGAUACGGGAAGGGGACAAUUGGAAGACAGCCUUCAACGCGGCCAGCGGCCACUACGAAUACCUGGUCAUGCUAUUUGGACAACACCCCUGCUGUGUUUCAGGCCCUGGUUAAUGACAUUCUCCGCGACAUGUUGAACCGGUUCGUUUUCGUCUACCUCGAUGAGAUCCUCGUUUUCUCCCACUCAGCCCAAGAACACGUGCUCCACAUCCGACAGGUCCUCCAGCACCUCCUAGAGAUCCAGCUUUUUGUGAAAGCGGAGAUCCCCUUCCUUGGUUACUUCAUCGCUGCAGGGAAUGUACAGAUGGAUCCCGGAAGGUGAGAGAGGUGGUGGAUUUGCCCCAGCCUACGUCCAAAGUGCAGCUGCAAUGUUUCCUGAGAUUUUCAAACUUCUAUCACCGCUUUAUCUGGGGUUACAGCACCCUGGCUUCACCCCUGUCUGUACUCACCUCUCCCAAGGUUCUGUUCACAUGGUCCCCGGCUGCUGACUGGAUGUUCCGGGACCUCAAGCACCGCUUCACCACUGCUCCCAUCUUGGUUCAUCCUGACCAGUCAGUUCGUGGUGGAGGCCGAUGCUUUGGAUGUCGGAGUGGGGGCUGUCCUGUCCCAGCAUUCUUCCCUGGACCUCAAGUUACAUCCCUGCGCCUUUUUCUCCCAUCGCCUCACCGCCUCGGUGAGGAACUACGAUGUGGGAAAUCGUGAGCUUCUCGCGGUGAAGAUGCCUUUGGAGAAGUGGAGACGCUGGUUGGAGGGGGCGGAACAUCCGUUCAUUGUGUGGACGGACCACAAGAACCUGGAAUAUCUCCACACGGUCAAGCGUCUCAAUUCCAGGCAAGAUAGGUGGGCCCUACUUUUCACUCAGUUUAACUUCUUCCUUUCCUACCAACCAGGAUCCAAGAACAUCAAGAUGGAUGGGCUGUCAUGCCGCUAUAGCCCCACGGCUACACCCAUGGACCUUGAGACCAUCCUUCCCACCUCGUGUCUGGUGACGGCACUCAGCUGGGGAAUAGGGAAGCAGGUCCAUGAGGCGCAUCGUUCCCAGCCAAACCCCGGGGGUGGCAGAUUAUGUUUGUGCCUCCUCGGGCCUGGAGUGGGCCCACCCGGGCUUGCCUGCCACCUGGGCUCCCAUCGGACCCUGGCCUUUGUGCGGCAACGCUUUUGGUGGCCUACCAUGGUCUCGACGUCUCCACGUUCGUCGCCACCUGCGUGGUGUGUGCGCAGAACAAGACUCCUCGGCAAGGUCCGGCUGGUCUUCUUCAACCACUGCCUGACCCUUACCGUCCCUCUGCUUACAUAUCCCUGGACUUCGUCACAGGCCUUCCUGUCCGACACGGUCUCAACAUGUGAUUGGUACUAUGCAUGGGACGUACAGGAUAUUGAUGGGUCACAUUAUUGAUGGGUCACCCUACUGACAAAAUUUUCUUAAAUGCUCGCAGUCAUUGGAAACAGAAAGGCAGUUUUAUGUCACAGACUGGCUUACACUGCACCGCACAUUUCUCACCAUUGACAAGAGAUUAUGAACAAAAUUGUCUGUAAGGGACCACACCCCAAGAGAGCAGUGACAUUUAUAGUGGGCCUCAAUUUUGUGCUUUAAGUGUUAAAUUGACAGGCUUUGUUGUAUGUAUUUAGUGACAGCAUGCCACAUGUAUCAGUAGCUAAAACACAUGUUGCUUGGGAGGAUACUGGUAUUUGGUUGAAGUCUGUCUUGCAGGUCACUGAUUGGGAACUUAGAGCGGAUGGGUAUAAAUUCUCCCCGAGCAUACAUACUUUGUGUGUUCAAUUUAUUUGGGCUGUACAUGUUCAAUGAGGUGUACAUGGCCUUGAUAGCACCAAACCAACUAAACAGAUGAUUUCCGUGGAGAAUCAAUCACACUUGUUGAUUGGUCUCCCGGACUCUCUGUAGGCUAAAGAUAAGUAUGACAAUGAGGGGGGUUGAACCACUUACUGUCAUACCUAAGGGCACACACAGACCAAUCAGAACUCAUUAUCUCCUAAGUCAGGAAGCAGUCAAGGGGAUUACCCCUGUUCAUGCUUCAUUGGUAGAAAGAGGAGCUAUUGUGCCUUGUCCAGACUCUCCCUGUAAUACCCUCAUUCUUCCUGUCCAAAAGGCCUCAGGUGAUUGGUGUUUUGAUCAAGGUCUCAGACCUGUUAACGAUGCAGUUUAUGUAAGGGCUCCUGUUGUGCCAAACCCCAUUCCAAUUUUAUCUGCUGUGCCGGCGUCGGCUAAAUGGUUUUCAGUUGCUGAUUUGGCUAAUGCUUUGUUUUUUUGCAUUCCCAUCGCACCAAAAACAGUUUACAUUCUUAAACAACUGUUGGACUUGGACUGUCUGCCACCAAGGUUACUCGGAAUCUCCGGCUGUAUUUUCUGCUGCUUUGGUGCAAAAUUUAGAGGGUUUCAUACCCCCGAUGGGAGAAUGUUAAUACAGUAUGUCAACGUCCUGUUACUGUGUUCUGAAACCCAACAAGCAUGCAAAGUUGACACCAGAGCUCUGUUAGUGUUUCUUGCUGAAAAUGGCCACAACAUUUCUUAGAAAAAGUUUCAACUUGUCUCCCAAACAGAUAAAUAUCUGGGACAUGACAUUACACCUAAUGGUAGGAAAUUGGGUUUGGAGUGUGUGGCUGCAAUUCUCUCGAUACUAGGGAUGGGUACCGAAACCCAUUAUUAAACGGGCCCCGGGGCUAAAUUAUGAAAGACCGUAGUAUCCAUAAGCUCCGACGUUAUCGCUUCUGCUUUCGGUACUGGAGAAAUGUAUUUAUUAUUGCUAUAUAAUUGUUAUUUUGCACAUUUUAUCUCACCAACCAUUUCUAAUUUGCAAUAAUAUUAAGACACUUGUCUAUGAUGCAUUUUCACUAUUCCCAAUCCAGAAGAGAUCUCUCUUGCGCAGAGCCUGUGUCUCCAACACGCUACAGCACACACAGCACCCUGCUCUUAAUUAGUGAUGACGGCGGAGAGAGCUAAACGUUCAAAAGUGUGGUUACACUUCACCAGAGUCGAUGCUGACAAUGCUCAUUGCCACAAGUGCAACAAUACUUUUACUUGUAAGGGCGGAAACACAAGCAAUCUGUCCAACCAUCUAUCAAAAGUUUAUCAUGUACAGGCAGAGAAAUGCACAGUUUUUGACUGCCUAGCUCGUACUUCAUUUCUCGUUGCCCGAUCUACAUUAAGUAUGUACAGUUGAAGUCAGAAGUUUACAUACACCUUAGCCAAAUACAUUUAAACUCAGUUUUUCACAAUUCCUGACAUUUAAUCCUAGUAAAAAUGACCUUUCUUAGGUCAGUUAGAAUCACCACUUUAUUAUAAGAAUGUGAAAUGUCAGAAUAAUAGUAGUGAGAAUGAUUUACUUCAGCUUUUAUUUCAUUCAUCACAUUCCCAGUGGGUCAAAAGUUUACAUACACUCAAUUAGUAUUUGGUAGCAUUGCCUUUAAAUUGUUUAAUCUCUCUAGGGUACGUGGGACGGUAGUGUCCCACCUGGCCAACAUCCGGUGAAAUUGCAGAGCGCGAAAUUCAAAACUACUAAAUUUAAAUAUUGAACAUUCUUGAAAAUAUAUGUGUUAUACAUCAAAAUAAAGCUUAACUUCUUGUUAAUCCAGCCGCUGUGCCAGAUCUCAAAAAGGAUUUACGGUGAAAGCAAAACAUGCGAUUAUCUGAGGACAGCGCCCCGCAUACAAAACCAUGAAAAAUAUAUUUCAACCAGGCAGGUGCGCCACAAAAGUCAGAAAUAGCGAUAUAAUUAAUGCCUUACCUUUGAAGAUCUUAUUCUGUUGUGAUGCGGGAGCACAAAAAAGGACUUUGAUGACACCUCCUUCACUGGAUCCACCCACAUCUUCACCACUGGCUCUGCCUCUUGAGUGGGAGACAAACGACUGGUUUGAUGAGAUAUCUCGCGUCCAAUCACCACCCCCAGCAGAGGCAGAAGGCGAGUCAUCAAACAAACAGGAGGAAGCCAGACCAACAGUAGCGUUUGUUUGGGUUAAAUUGAUGCAAGGUUUAGACUUAGAUGACGUAUAGACACUGUCGCUAGUAAUAUUUUCACAGUGACAGCUUGCCACAUUCGUUUACAAGAAUAGAAUGUAACUCAGCACUAAGGCUGACUUGGUCCCGAAAAUAGUAUAUAAGAAGCAUGCCUUCCCAAAAGAAGGUGUGGUAGUGCUACUUGACUUAUCACUGAACUCGUGAUACUUCAAACUACCAUCAACCUAAAAGGUAAUAUCUGACUUUCAUACUCUAGAACAAUUGUAUCUUUUGACUGCUGAUUCUUGGACGAGACCAAUGAGACCAAUGACCAAUGAGACAAAUACCCUAUACACUCCUAUUGCUUAAUACAUCCACCCCCUAACAGGAGUUGAUAAAUAGCAUCAGUGGUGUUACAAAGGGUCUUGAUCUACGAAAGCAGUCUCUUUACUAAUCAGAAAAAAAUAUAAAAAAGAAAAAAGGUCAUAGUCAACUUCUAGCAGGAGAAACAGAUACUGAGUGAUUGGACAAACCUAUAGAGAAAUUGUGAGUUGAAGAACAUACUCUUUGGGAACCAACCAGGUCAACCUACGCUAAGGUAAUUAACCGCUUGUAGUAAUACAUAGAUAAGGCAUUAAGAAGUGUUUUGAUGAUUAUUGGGGUUAUAGAUUAAGGACGUAAAGAAUCUGUAAUGACGUGUAUAACUGUGUGAAUUGCAAAAAUUGAAUAAAAAGUAGAAACUAGACCCAAUAUCCUAGGGGAGAGAACGCCUCUGACACUCCCCAGUAUAGGGGAACAAGUCUAGUUUCUACACAAAAUACAAUUUAAGGGAUUGGACAGCCAACUCAUUUAUAUUGUAAAAGCAAAGUUACUCUGUAUUAAUAUUCAAGCACUAUUAACCGACGGGUAAAGGCAUUAAAUCGUAGAGGAAAGCGUGUGUCUAGAUACAAGAGUAUAAAAGGUAAAGGUAAAACAAGUAAGAGGUACUCUAAGUCUGAUUGAUAUUAUCUAAGAUCCCGAAACAAUAAACUCUAAAGGCAAUUCUCCGAACUAAGGGCAGGCAUAAACAAACCAGGUCAGUCCGGCGGACCUGUGAAUCAUCUGUUUGCCGGAUGAUAUAAGAACUCAAGUGAUACGACUUGCGUCACUCUUGACGGGGGAACCUAUAAGGUCAACUCAAAAUCCCCUACCGCGACAGUUGGCACUCCAAAAUGUCCCAGAAACAUCACAAAUGGUCUUUUUGUUCGAUAAUGUCCUUCUUUAUGUCCCAAAAAUGUAUAUUUAUGUGGAGCGUUUGACUCAGAAAUACACCAGUUUCAACUCCCCCAACAUGCCUACAAAGUAUCUAAUAAAUUACCUGUAAACUUGGUCCAAACAUUUCAAACAACGCUCCUAAUCCAACCUCAGGUACCCUUAAACGGAAAUAAUCAAUAAAAUUUAAGACAGAAUAAACUGUGUUUAACACCGGAUAAAAACAACGUGGAGCGAGCUCCUGGUCAUGCGCACCAAAACAGUACAGUCCAGCUGGAGUGACACUUACAAUGAAUAGCACUACUUCUUAAUUUCUCAAAAGAAAAACAUCGAACAAUUUAUUAAGACUGUUGACAUCUAGUGGAAGCCAUAGGACCUGCAACCAGGUUCCUUAUUAAAAGGGCAUCCCAUAGAAAACAAUUGGAAAAUCCUAUGACCUAAAAAAAAAAAAAAAUAACUUGGGUGAAUUUGUGCACAUUCCUCUUGACAGAGCUGGUGCAACGGAAUCAGUUUGGUAGGCCUCCUUGCUCGCACAUGCUUUUUCAGUUCUGUCCACACAUUUUCUGUGGGAUUGAGGUCAGGGCUUUGUGAUGCCACUCCAAUACCUUGACUUUGUUGUCCUAAAGCCAUUUUGCCACAACUUUGGAAGUAUGCUUGGGGUCCAUUUGGAAGACCCAUUUGCGACCAAGCUUUAACUUCCUGACUGAUGUCUUGAGAUGUUGCUUCAAUACAGUGGGGCAAAAAAGUAUUUAGUCAGCCACCAAUUGUGCAAGUUCUCCCACUAUCACGUCCUGACCAUAGUUCUUAUGCGUUUUGCUUGUAUAGUGUUGGUCAGGACGUGAGCUGGGUGGGAAUUCUAUGUUGUGUGUCUAGUUUGUCUGUUUCUGUGUCCAGCCUAAUAUGGUUCUCAAUCAGAGACAGCUGUCAAUCGUUGUCCCUGAUUGAGAAUCAUAUAUAGGUGGCUUGUUUUGUGUUGGGGAUUGUGGGUGGUUGUUUCCUGUCUUUGUGUUUUGUCUGCACCAGCUAGGACUGUGACUGUUAGUUUGUUUUGUCAUUUUGUAUAGUGUCUUGUUUUGUGUAAAUUAAAUAAUGGAAAAUUA